AUGAGCGAUCUAGACAGGGCCAUCGCCCAACUGCGCGCAUGCCGACCAAUACCAGAACCCCAAGUCCGCGAGCUCUGCUACAAGGCACGUGAGCUCCUGAUAGAAGAAGGCAACGUUGUCACAGUCGAUGCACCUGUAACGAUAUGCGGCGACAUCCAUGGCCAGUUUCAUGACUUGAUGGAACUCUUCCGCGUUGGCGGCGAUGUACCCGACACUAAUUACCUCUUCAUGGGCGACUUCGUUGACCGGGGGUUCUACUCGCUCGAGUCUUUCCUCUUGCUCCUCUGCCUCAAAGUCCGCUACCCCGACCGCAUCACCCUUAUCCGCGGCAACCACGAGUCCCGCCAGAUCACAACCGUUUAUGGCUUCUACGACGAGUGCAUUCGCAAAUACGGCUCUGCUAACGUGUGGCGCUACUGCUGCGAAGUCUUCGACUACCUCGCGCUUGGUGCGCUGAUCCUCGGAGCCACGACCGAUGUUCCCCCUUCCGGCCCGAAUGCCUCCUCUUUUCUCGAGACCCAAUCUACGCUCCCACCUGAGGACGACGAAAUAGAGUCCGAAGUUCUCAACGCGAGCGGCGAAGUAGUACAGCGCUUUCUCCGCAAACAGUACGGUUCUCCGGGACAGAACGGCAGCAACACCAUCACUCGCUCUUCGCCCACACCCGGCGAACCGCAUUCGCCGCAGGAAGCAGCACUCACUUCACCCUCAUCUAAUACCAACUCUUCCCAGCCGAACCCUCCGUCACUGUUCCAGCCCCCCACCUCGACCACGGGUGCAGUCCUCUGCGUCCACGGCGGCCUCUCCCCCCUCAUUGAAACGGUAGAUAAAAUCCGUCUGAUCGACCGCAAGCAAGAAGUGCCCCACGAGGGCGCCAUGUGUGAUCUUCUCUGGUCCGAUCCAGACGAGAUCGAAGGCUGGGGUCUCUCACCGAGAGGCGCGGGUUUCCUAUUCGGCGCAGAUAUCGUUCGGCACUUCAAUCACAACAACGAUCUAAGCAUGAUUGCGCGUGCGCACCAGCUGGUCAUGGAGGGCUACAAGGAGAUGUUCGACAAGACGAUAGUCACAGUAUGGUCUGCGCCCAACUACUGUUACCGCUGCGGCAAUGUGGCUGCCAUUCUGGAGCUGGGCGAAGACGGGAGCAAUGGCGGUUGCGUGGCGCGGGCAAAUGGCGAGCAGGGGAGACGGGAACCGGUGGGCGGAGGUGCCGGAGGAGGGCAACAAGGCGAAGGGGGAGGAGGCGGGGGAAACUCGCAGGUGCUCUGGAAUCUCGCGAGCCCGGGAAGACGGUAUCGCGUCUUUGAAGCGGCACCGCAGGGUACGAGGGGCAUGCCGGCGAAGAAGCCCGUCGGCGAGUAUUUCCUGUGA